AUGGAUCCAGAGCUUGAAUCCCACUCACCACAAUCAGACGGCCACGAAGAUGACCAGCCGCCACCUAAGAGAGUCAAGAGAGACUCAGUUCGUCGAAAGCCAGCUUGUCAAACAUGUCGCCGGCGAAAGGUGCGCUGCGACAAUGGCCAACCUGCCUGCGGGUUUUGCUGUGCCAAUGAAAUCAAGUGUGUAUAUGUCACCCGUGGUGAUGAUGGUUAUACCCCACAACCUAGUCGGCCUCUAGAGAUAGAGACACAGGACCGCAGGGGAAGUGCUCCUAUAAGAGCAGCAGAAUGGCAGAAAGACUACCUGCGGAUUCCUGCAGGUCGAUGCAGCGCUGACACAGUGCUAACCUGGCCGAUUUUCCGAGGCCAAUUCCGAGAGAGCUCUCUCAUCACGACGCUCUUCCAUUAUUCGCACGGGGUAUCUGAAGAUAGACCGACUGAAUCAUGGACCUUGCCAGAUGGCCUUCAAUUUACGCCAGACGAGCAAAUCCCAACACUGGUUGAAUGCUUCAUUCAGAAUGUUCACACGAAGAACCCGAUCUUGGAUCUAGAAUCGCUUAUUCGAUCUGGGAGACGCGCUGCUGAGUUUGGCCUUCAGUGGGAUGCUCAGUCAUGUCUUGUGCUCUUGGCUUGUGCUCUGGGUUGUAUCUCGCAACCAUUUACCACUUCGAUCCAAUUUCCUCAGACUGCGAGAUCACUUCAUGACGGGAUGGGAUGGCGAGCUCCAGGCUCCAAUCCCAGGUCUGGGACACAGCUGCGUGAAGGCGAGGCUUUCUUUAUGAUGGCUUGUAGGAGAAUCGGUCUAUUGCGGUACUCGGUGAUCGGUGCCCAAUGUCAUUUCUUUGCUGGAGUGUACUUGAUGUAUACGUUCCGCCCUCUCUCGGCCUGGAAUCAUUUCUACCAAGCUUCUACAUUUUACCGACUACGUCUGCGACUGAUUGAUGGACUUGACAAGUCAGCCUAUGAGACAGAGCAACCAGGAGCAUCUGUUGCUCAGCGCCUUGAACAAAGUCUAUACUGGUCAUGCUUUAAAUCAGAAGUCGAGAUUCGUGUCGAGCUUCCGCUACCACAAUCCGCUAUAGCCGAGUACGAGUACCCGGCCCUCUUCCCCACACCUCCAACUCUAUCAGAGGAAUACCCGAGGGACAGAGAUCAAGCAUCCGAUUGGGCCAACUCUGAUAAUGCAGACCAAUCCCCACGUGAUGACCAGUCCAGCUUGCCUGGGCGGGGUGUAUUCAAUCAUGUCUCAAAGUUGUUUGACGAGGAACAAAGCUGGUAUUAUUAUCUUACGGAGGUAGCAUUGAGACGGAUUGGCAAUCGAGUUUUGAAUGCCUUCUACCGAGAGACACCCUCAACGUGGUCAAACAUCAAGCCCUUGAUCCCGAUAGCGCUCGAGUUCGAGUCUCAGAUCAAUGCAUGGUUCGCGAAUCUGCCGCCAGCAAUGCAAUCUUAUGAAACCGACCCGAAAAUCAGUAAUAAUGGACAGAGAUACACAACAGACAUCCAAGAUUCAAUAUCGAGGGAGCUAAGCUGGGCACUCAGCAAUCGCUUCCUUGAAAUACGUCUAUGGCUUUACCAGCCAUUCUUAUAUUUCGUUGUGCACCACCCCAUGAGCACUCCAUCCACAACCUCGGAUAACUCUACAUCCCCGCUUACUAGCGAUGAAUUCAGUAUAGUCCAGGGCCUCAUGGAAUCCGGAUUGGACUGCAGCAACAAAAUUCUCCAAGCGCGAUGCCUUCGCCACCGACACCAUGGCAUUUGGUUUGAUCUUCGAGCUUUGGUGACUGCUUCACUGGUUUUCAUUGCAUUAGCAAGAAGCGGGAAUGUCAAUAUUCCCAACAUACAUCCUGGGGGUCUUCGGAGCCACUUGAGUCGGACACUCGAGGCCUUGACCUACUGGGAAGAUGAAGCACCUGAUAUCAAAAAGGCACGAGGAACGCUGGAUAAUCUACUUCGAAACCUGAGCUAG